AUGUUGCCAUCUGAAACUUCCAUCGCUGAAUUCCUAUCUUUUGCACCCGCGGCAAAUGCGGAAACAGCCGUCGUGUUUCUCCAGCAAUGCGAUACGAUCAACGAGGCCGUGGAUCAAUAUUAUCACAACCCACACAAAUAUGUUGGCCCAUCCCGGCCAUCAGUUUCCCCCACCAUAAGCCUGGGCGGGCCUACGAGUCCGAGGUUCACGGCAAUAACAAGCUGCUCAGAGCAGUCGACGAUCGACCCAGUCGAACAUCGUAACUUGUCAUCGGCCCACUGUUCCUCCAGCCUUUCAAGGUCCCAGCGUGAUUCGUCGUUGGUACCAGAUAACUUGCAUACAAAUGCACUCAUCGAGGCCACAAAGAAAAGGGCGGUCGAUGAGCAGCAGGUGCAAAAUAUGCGACUGGCAGUCCAGACGAGGUUCCGCGUCUACAACUCAGAGAUCGAGCCGGAGCGGGAAUGUGAAUAUCCCUGCAAUUGUCCGAUCCACAAAUAUGUGCAGAAAAAGGCAGAACGACUACCAAUCCAAGAGCAGUGGGCUAGAGCGGUCAUGUAUCCGGGCGAGAAACAUUAUUAUGGUUACGUUUGGGGGGCCCGUUUCUUCAAUCACAACCCCUACCAGGGGAAGGUGAUUUCGCCUUAUGGAUACGUGAGCUCACGAUACCUUGCCAUGCCCAGGCCCGAUCCCACCUUUCACGCCAAAUCUCUUCAUCAAGCUAUUGAAGUGAAUGAAGACUUGAAUUCCAAGGCACAGCUAGCCGUUGAUGCACUGGAGCCAUCCUUUUGCAUUUGGGAUGUGGAUCAGCUUGAAAAAUCAAUUUCAGCUCUGGGAAUCAGCUCGGCAACCAGUCAACUUCAAAGCAGCGGAAAGCUGAGGAGGCCGAGCUUGAAAAAAGCCCUUUCGAUCAAGUCUUCCGAGGAGAGAGUUGCUUCCAAAACAUUGAAAUUGUUUGCUGGUGCACGUGAGCUUCGCGAUAGCAUCGUGAAAGAGGAAAGUGGGAGGUGGCCAUGUGAUGAGGACAAAAGUGUUGUCUACAGAUAUCAGGACAACAUGCGAUUGACCCGGGCAAUGACUGACAUGCGCAAUCAGAAGCCCUUGCAAUAUCUCCACCUCCUCAGAGCGGGCUAUUUUGAGCCAAUUCCUCUCGCCUGGGCAAAAGAUCUUUCCAGCCCACUGAGAUUUACCAUUGAUGCAGCCGCAGGAUGGAGGGGCAUUACGCCGACGUGGAGAGGAUUUCAGACAACUGGGGAAGAGCGUUUACAAUGGGUCGUGAAUCAUCGGUCAGGCAAUACUCGCGGAAGAGAGAGGCCCAAUUUUUUCACUGCUUUGAAUCAAGCACGAACCAGAAUGGCACAGUCGGUUCCGUGUCCCUCGAUCUAUCGUUCUCCUUACGACACAUGCUUCCUGAAAACAACAGCUACCGAAUAUUCGAAGCAAAUAAUUAAAGUUCAAGAUUAUGCCUUCAACGAGCCUUCUGAGCCCACCGAUGAGACAAUGAUCUUGCUGGAUGUUUCGGGCUCAAUGGAUCGUCCGCCCCGACGUUCGAUUUAUGAUCAGUAUUUGCUCACUGAAUUUGUCGGCUCAAGUCAUCCAAGAAACAAAGAUGUUGCACAAUCUAUCAUUCGCCGAUUCACCCAAGCACUGGCAAAUCACGACCAGAACAGAUCUGGCUACGAACUCACUACAUUCUCCAGCAAAGCCGAAAACAUUGGUCAUCUGAAUUAUUUCAAUUUUGAAGAUAGAUGGCUGAACAUCAAAUUCGGCGGCCGCGCUCGAGUCAUGAUAGGAUGGCAGAGUCUGAAAGAAAGAUUCUUCCAGAAACACGCCAGCACGGCGAUCUUCCACCCCAUCUACGGCUGGCAAGCUGGGCCGCAAACCCCAAAGCUCCGUACUCUACUGGUUUUCGACGGCGAAGUCCAGGAUAUCGACGACUUUGAACUUGAUCUUCUGAGCUCACCUUGGGCUCACGUUACAAUUCUUCUGAUUGGAGCCGACGAAUGCCCACGUCAUCAUCAAAAUGCCAACAGGCUCCAAAGUAUCAGUGACCCUAACCCACGAGUUUCAUUCGUUGAUGCGCAAGGCAACGUACCCGAGAGAUUCAUCGUGCAUGAAUUACUCAAGCGCCACCUUGGACGUCCCAUUUGCAUGGGUGAGUUUGAGCAGCUGGAACUUGUGCCUGGUCAGCUGCGUCCAUUUGAGCUUCCAGCCAGAGAGCCACCGCCUCCUCAUCUGCCCGAGCUUGAACAACCGGGUCCACCACCGCCUGUUGAGCUUGCGAGUCGAGAGAUAUUGUGGCAACCGGAACUUGAAGGAGACCAUCCGCCACCUUACUCGGUCGCGGUGGGUGAUGCGUAA